CUGUGAUAUUAAAUGUCAAAAACAAUAAUAAUAAUAAUAGACAAUAUUAGAUUUUUUUUGUAAUUAUAUUCGUUGUAAAGAUGAUAUAUAAAGUAAAUCUCAUUCCUCCAAAUUUACGUAAGAAUGAGACAAUAGUGCAAAUUGCUGAUUCGUUGGAUUAUCUCUCCAAAGUAGUGGAUGAUAUGAUGUUACAUAUUGAAAACAGAAUAGACAUCUAUAACAACAAAUUGCAAGAUGUAAGCAAUAGGGUAGGCGAUGUUGAACGUAAAAUAUCUCAAAUAAGAGGUGUGAAGAAUGCUAUACAAGUAUUUUCUAGUAGUAAAUAUCCUGUGAAUUGUAAAGAGAGAAACUACAUUUCAAUUUUUCCAACGAAGUCGGAUAUUCCGUUGGUUAAACAUGAAGUUAGUGAAAAAUAUCCCCUGAAAAAAGAUGAGCCUAUUGAUAAACUACAUAUAUACCACGUCAAAAUUAGUAAAUUGGAGCCAGAGAAAAUUGAAGGACUUGGACAGGUUCCUAAUGAUGCUAGCUGUAUAAGUGAUUUAAUACUUUACAAUUCUGGUAAAAAUCCUUAUAGAGAAUUCAAUAUAUCUACUUCUCUUCAGGUUCCUAAUUCAUCAGUGAGGGCUGAAAAUAAUAAAAUAAACAUUGGAACUGCUCCUGCAUCUAUUGUUGAGAGAUCAUUAUUUACCAAUUUACCUAGUCAAGAAUACUUUUACUCUCCUGACUUGGGUGAUGUACCUUCACUAGAUGUUCCAUUAGAUCUUCCAGAUUUACCUGGAAUUGCUGGCAAUGUUAGAUAUGAAGAAGAUAUCAAUUUGGGCAUAGCUCCAUCUGUUCUUUCUCCCACUCUAAAGAGUGAUCCAUUAGAUCAAAAAAUAUUAAAUGAUGAUUUGAAAGAUUUACCAGAAAUAAUUCCUUCAUCACCAUCACCUAUUCAAGAAAAAAAUGAAAUAGUACCAACUAUUGAAACAGUUAAAGUUGAAGAACAAUUAAUAGUACCAAUGAAAGAUAUUAAAACAGAACAGCCUAAUAAAAAAGUAGAAAACAGAGAAAAAGAUUCAAAAUUACCAGUACAUGAUGCAAGAUCUUCACUAAUGGAAGCCAUCAGAGAAGCAGGUGGCUCAAAGGCUUUGAAAUCCACAGAUAAAACAUUAACCCCUUCAAAAAAUGAGACAAGUGGUGACUUGAUGGCAGAUUUGCAUUCUAAACUAGCAAUGAGAAGAAAAGGCAUAUCUGGAGCAAAAAAAGAUAAUAAAUACGCAGAAAUGGAUUCGAGAGAUGCUUUGAAUUUAAUUUCUGCUCUGAUUCCACCCCCAGAGGAAAUUAAUGAUGAAACGGAUCACGAUGAGGAUUGGGAAUGAAUUUUGGUAGAAAUACAUUAAAAUAUCUCUUCCAAUACUUUUGGUCAAAGUUUUAAGAAAUAUUUGUGAUUGGAAAGGUUAAGAUUUAAAUUUUUAUACUAAGAAUUUUCUUAUUUUAAUUGACAAAAGAAUUAUACUUAAAUCAUUAAUUUUCUCUGAAAUUGAAAAAGCUUAAGAAUUACACUAGGAAAUUUGCGUUCAAUGAAAGUUUUCUUUUUAAGCUGUGUUUUCUAAGCAAGAAAUUUCCUAGCAACUUUAUACUGAGGCUCAUUCUUCAACUUUUCUUUCCAUUGCAUGAUUAAUUGCAUUUCAAUAUUUCUUUUCUAGGAUAAGAUGAAUGAAAUUGUAGAUAUUGUAGAGAUUAUUAUCUGUUUUUCCAAGUGUUUUAAUACAUGGAAAUAUAAUUUUUGAUACACUCGUUAA